AUGUCUCGCGCUCCGCAGCCCGGCGGCUCAAGGAAGAUCUCGUUCAACGUUUCCGAGCAGUACGAGAUUCAGGAUGUGGUGGGAGAAGGUGCCUACGGUGUCGUAUGCUCAGCCCUCCAUAAGCCAUCUGGGCAGAAAGUGGCUAUCAAGAAAAUCUCACCGUUCGACCAUUCCAUGAAAUGGAACUUACGAACACUGCGUGAGAUGAAGCUGCUACGGUACUUCAACCACGAGAACAUCAUAUCUAUCCUGGACAUCCAGAAGCCGCGCAACUACGAGAGCUUCUCCGAAGUUUACCUUAUCCAGGAGCUCAUGGAGACUGACAUGCACAGAGUCAUCCGCACGCAGGAGCUGUCCGACGAUCAUUGCCAGUAUUUCAUCUACCAGACGCUGCGUGCGCUGAAGGCCAUGCACUCGGCCAAUGUCCUUCACCGUGAUCUCAAACCAUCAAACCUGCUACUCAACGCCAACUGCGACCUCAAGGUCUGUGAUUUCGGCCUAGCACGCUCAGCUGCAAGCUCCGAAGACAACCAAGGCUUCAUGACCGAAUACGUCGCCACUCGCUGGUAUCGUGCACCAGAGAUCAUGCUUACCUUCAAGGAGUACACCAAAGCCAUUGAUGUAUGGUCGGUCGGCUGCAUUCUGGCUGAGAUGCUCAGCGGCAAGCCACUGUUCCCUGGCAAAGACUACCAUCACCAGCUCACGCUUAUCCUUGAUGUUCUUGGUACGCCAACAAUGGAAGACUACUACGGCAUCAAGUCAAGACGUGCGAGAGAGUACAUUCGAUCACUUCCCUUCAAGAAGAAAAUUCCUUGGAAGGUGAUGUUUCCGAAGACCUCAGACCUCGCGCUUGAUUUGUUGGAGAGGCUGCUCGCCUUCAACCCGGUUAAACGGAUUACGGUAGAGGAAGCCCUGAAGCACCCGUACCUCGAGCCGUACCACGACCCAGAUGACGAGCCGACCGCGGAGCCGAUCCCAGAAGAGUUCUUCUCGUUCGAUCUGCAGAAAGACACACUGUCCAAGGAGCAGCUUAGACAGCUCAUCUACGAAGAAAUUAUGCGGUAA